AUGACCAAUGAUGAAGGUGUCACCAUAUCAAAACCGAAAAGUCAAUGGAAUGAUAAUGAUAGGAAGUUGUGGUAUCAUGAUUGGAAAACACAAAAUAUUCCCAUAUCCGCAUUAGGUGUUGAUGAGUAUUAUCAUGUUUCUCAUUAUGAAACCGCCAAAGCUACGUGGGACGCAUUAGAAGUUGCCAAUGGGGGAACUAAUGAGGUCAAACAAGCUAGAAUCAACACAUUAAACCAAGAGUUUGAACUCUUUCGUAUGAAGCACGGUGAAACCAUUUCCGACAUGCAAAAGAGAUUUACACAUAUUAUUAAUAGAUCGAAUGCUCUAGGUAAUCUUGUAUCCAAUGUUAUUGCUACUAACAAGGUCUUAAGAUGUCUUAAUAGGGAAUGA